AUGCCUCUCGUUACCGAAACCCACGAGUCUCUCCCGUAUAUAGACAUCGAACCUACCCCCCUUGAACGCGCCGCCGUCGAAUCCCUCAUAAUCACCUACCUCGAACCCGCCUCAACAUCCACACUACACCCCUCUCUCCCACCCCUCGCUCCCUCCAACCUCUCUCCCGCUCUCACUAUCGAACACGCCCGAAUCUCCUCCUCCACGCCCCCACUACCUCUAAAAGCCAUCGACCUGACCCGCUACGAAACACUUUCCCCCUCCGAAUCCUCUCUCCCCCCUUCAACCCUCCUCUCACAAGCCUACACCUCUCAAAUUUAUCUCAACACGCGUCUUACCAACCUCUCUCUACUCGAUCAAUUCGGUAAAAACGCUUGGUUGAUUGGAAACGCACAGUUGGAGGAUAUAUUGAAGGGGUUGGAGAGGGAAGUGGCGGCAAAGAAAGAUGAAAUUGAUAUUGUGGUGAUUGGGAGAAAGAAUGCGCAGGAAGCGGUGGAGGCAGAGAUUAGGGGAUUGGAGGAGGGGUGGAAGAAAGGGGUAGGAAGAGUGUUGGAGACGGAGGUGGCGGCUGAGGGGGUUAGGAGGGAGAUUUUGGAGAGGAGAAGGGCUGGUGCUUUUUAA